AAGAGAGAGAGAGGGUAUAAAAGUAAUUUGGGAAGAGCAAGUGUCCGUUUAAAGAAACAGUUCAAAAAUAAUGGCAAAGGGGUAAUGCAGCUGAGCGGCCAUGGCGUCGUCGGCCUUCCGCUCUGCAAGUUUUAGAGAGAGAAAGAGGAAAUAAAGUGAUUAUGAUGAAUCACGCCAACACCCACUUUUCUGAAUCCCUCAAUAAAGCAAAAGACCAAAAGAAAAGCAGAGAAUAUAAACGCAAUUCAACAAAAGUUUCUGCUUAGAUUCUUCUCCAGACUUUCUUUCGCUUCAUAUGGCCCCUGCCCAUCAUUCCUGAAUUGUCCUAAAGUAAAGAUUUGUGCUUUCUUUCGCAUCGUUCCUUGCCUUUUUCUGAGUUUGUGAAAAAGAUUGGAUUUUUGAAGAAUUUUUCAAAUUUCGCGUGUUCUCUCUGCCAGAGACGACGAAUUGACCCACUUUUUCUUCUAGAAAGAAGAAGGAAAGCAAGAUAACACCUCCAUUUGUGCUACUAUACUAGGAAUGUUCAAAUUAGUGGUAGUAGUAGUAGUAGUAUAUUCUUUUACAUAUUCAAACCUUUCAAGAACUUCGCCAUCCACUCUCUGGAAAAUCCCACUUUGUUUCUUUCCAUGAAUACCGCAUUAAUUCUCAACUAGUUCGAUUUCUAUUACCGUAGUUGAUUAAAUUGAUCGAAAAAAUGGGUAGUGGUGUUGGAGGAGGAGGAGGAGGGGGAGUGGAGGUGAUAACCGGCAAGGGGUGUUCAAGGCUAUUUCUUGAUUUUUCUUCCUCAUUCAGGGGCAUCUCAUCAUUUUCCUUGGAGCCCUUUUCUCCUGCCUCCUCUGUCUCGGCAGUUUCUGAUUCUCCGGUUAAAGUUGUUAAGUCCACCGGACCGUUUUCUGGCCUUGUCAUUUGCGUAACUGGGCUAUCUAAAGAAACAAGGAAACAGGUGAAGGAAGCAACAGAGAGGUUGGGAGGUCAAUAUAGUCCUCAUCUCCAUCCUCAUUGCACUCACUUGGUGGUUCAGAGCUUCCAUGGACGUAAAUUUGAGCAUGCCCUGAAACAUGGGGAGGCCAAUGGUUUGUUCCUGGUAACAAUUGGCUGGUUUGUCGAUAGCGUCAGAAGGAAUGUUAGAUUGAAUGAAAUGCUCUACAACGUUAAUAACAAUGGUGAUAAUGGUAUCCCAAAUGAAGACUUGAAGAGGGUGGAUCAGAACUCUGGUGCUGAGAAUUCUUGUCUUCCUGUUGGUUUGCUUAUGCAUAACAAACAAGCUGGGAUGAUUGAAACACCUCGCUUGCAGUUUUCAGAAAGGGAGGCUAAAAGACAAACUGUGGUUUCAUCCUUGUCUGGCCACUCCUUUUAUGUUGACGUAGAUGUCCCUAUUGAACUUCGCAGUAAGGUUGCUGAGGCUCUCUCUGCUGAAGGUGCUAGCUUACUGGAUCAGUGGUUUGUUGGCUGCCAUGCUACUCAUGUAGUGUGUGAAGGACCUUCUGUAUGGAAAUAUCUAGGGGAUUCAAGUAAUCUUGUCACACCACUAUGGGUUCUGAAGUCUGCAAAAGAAAAAUUCCUACAAAGACUUGUCCACUUAUCCCCUGAUUUGGCAAGGUUUACUGGAGCAAUGCUUGAGACUUUCCAGCAUGGUAUUUCCAAGGAGGAACCUACUGCAGUUACUAGUUCUGGAAAUGUACCUAGUUCUGUAAUUAAAGUCGGUCAUGAAGAAAGGCAAAUGAGGGUGAACCUGGCUAAAGAUGGUGUCAGAAAGCGCCGAAACCGUCGAAUGCAGACAUGCCAAACUCCAAUACGUCCAAUAACCCCAGGCAGCCUUUUGGACUCCAUUUGCUGGUCAAUAUCUGAGCCAACCUCGACUGCUUCUAUUUAUACAGAGUCGUCAAGUGUUGGAUAUGCAAAUGAAGACCAGACUUCUGUCUUCUUUGAUGCAAAGGAAGAUGGAAAGGAAUCUGAAACUUCAUUUGUGAACUUAUCUCGACCUCUUACAGAAAGUGAGAAGUCUGAGUUAAUAUUCAAGGGGCAUUUUCUCACCAUCAUGUUCCCAGUUGACCGAUUUUCGGAGAUGGGCCCCAGUUCAAGAACAUUCUUCAGCAGUAAAGGCUUUACUUGUUUGCAGGUGUUGGAUUAUAUCUAUGCGUUUUACCAGGAGAAUAUGUCAGCUGAGGAGAUAGAAAUUGCUAUCCACACAGACUCAAGGCAUGCUGACCGGCUCCGAUCUGCUUACUCCAGCAAGGAGACAGCUAAACGUGGUCAUGUAGAAUUCAAGCGGAUUGAUUUUCUUGGUAGUCGCAAGAGUUUUGAAAUGUUGAAACGUGUACCAGGCGACAAUAGUAGCAACGUCUAUGAGUUAUUGAUGAGAGCAUGAGUUCCAUAUUGUGGAACUCAGUCGGCCCGUCCUGUCGGGGUUCAAACUCGUGGGCGUGUAACAAAAACAUGAUCUCAAUAUUUCCAACAAGGGAUAUCGGUUGUUCAUAUCACGUAAUAGAGAUGCAACGCUACAUGUUGUGUUUCCACACUGUUCAUAAUCAUCAAAUGUAUAGCAGCAUAAGAAAUGGAGUUGGCUUCUGAUUGCUUUUGUGUGGAUUUCACGAUUUUUGCCUUCA